GCAGAUACCGGUAGCCCUUAUGGAAACUUGAAAAUGUAAGGUUUUCAACCCAUAGGAGUCAAAUGUUCUCUGUAUUUGCGUAAGUCAACAGCCUUGGGGUGCUUCAAGACAUAUUACAGGUUGAAAGGGGGCGUAUACCUGAGGAGCUUGUGAGCAGGUGGUGACAAUUUAGUAACUUUAUUGGAGAUUUCCAAGAAGAGGUCUGUGUGAUUCCAGAGUGAAAGAACAUGAUAUCACAUAUUUACGGUGGGCAGAUAGAAAGUGACCAAAUAGCCUACUAACUUUAUGCAAACCAACUUCAAGAGCUGUAGGUAGGCUACUACAGGCCACAGCCCCACUUUGGGGGGGAGACACUACACCACACCAGCAUAACAGAGACAACAUUCUGGGACGGAUCGAGCUCCACAGUAGAUAGUCUGCAUGGACUAGAGAGGGUAUGGCUGCGCGAGCGAGACUAUUUAAUCUAGCCACAAUUGUAUUCCUGUUUUCGAACUACUACUCCGCCUCACAGGCACCAGGCACCAAGAAAGGAAACUCGGAAAAAUGCAACAAUAAGGGGCUCCAGGUCCAGUCAAGUUCUGACGAGAAUGGUCGGAAGCGAGGGGUCACAUUCCGAACAGACAACUGCUCUGUGAACUGGAGUCCAUUGGGGAAGCAUGCCAUCCAUGGGGUGAACAAUAUGACAUUCAGCCACCUCUCCUGUGACAGCCAGGCUGCUGUGGUGGUCCACUGGAUGACCAGCCCUCUAGGUAUUGAGCAUGUGAAGGGCUUCAGAGUAUACCUAGAGGACAAGAACCCAGAGGGCAAACAGUGUCAGCACAUGAUCCUCAAAGACCCACGACCACUCAACUUCUCCUACAAGACUGUGAAGAUGAGCUCACAGCCCUUCCCUGGCCUGGCCUUUGAGACAGAUUACAUGGUCCGUGUUGUUCCCUUCCCCACCGUCAUGAACGACAGCUUCUUCCCCCCAUCCUUCCUGCGCACAAACUCCUGCGAAGUUCUACUGGGCCCAGACAACCUGGUCUGCAAACCAUUCUGGAAGCCCAAGACUCUCAACAUCUCCCAGCUGGGCUCCAAACUUCAUGUUGUCUUCGACCACGCCCCCUCCACCUUUGGCUUCACCAUCUACUACCUGUACUAUAAACUACGACAGGAGGGACCAUUCAGACUUAAACGCUGCAAACCGGAGUUUCAUCUGCCCAUAACAACAUGCGUUCUUCAAGAUGUGAUACCAGGAACCUAUGCGAUUGAGCUGAGAGAUGACACCAACACUACCAGAAGACAGGCCCAGUACCACGUAAGCCAAGUCCACUCCCCGUGGGCAGGGCCUAUCAGAGCCAUGGCCAUCACUGUCCCGCUAGUCAUCAUGUCUGCCUUCGCUACACUCUUCACUGUAAUGUGCCGGAAGAAACAACAAGAGAAUAUCUACUCCCAUCUGGAUGAGGAGAGCUCUGAGUCAUCGUCUCACACCACAGCUCUGAAUGCAGACAGACCCUGGCCCCGGACUAAGGUGUUUGUCUGCUACUCCACUAAGGACUGCCCCAAACACCUCACAGUCAUACAGAGCUUCGCCUUCUUCCUCCAGGACUUCUGUGGCUGUGAGGUGACUCUGGACCUGUGGGAGCACCUGCAGAUCUGUAAGGAGGGCCAGAUGUCCUGGCUGAGUCGGCAGAUUGAUGAGGCUCACUACAUCAUCACUGUCUGCUCCAAGGGCCUCAAGUACUAUAUAGAGAAGAGCAGCAGGGGGGAAUCACCAGCCAGAGGAGGAGGUGGAGGAGCAGCAGCAGCAGCAGCAGCAAACGGAUCAGAGCUCUUCAUCGUCGCAGUGGCCAUGAUUGCGGAGAAGCUCUGUGAGGCGCGCCAGAAAGACCAGGACCUGUCUCGCUUCAUGGCCGUCUACUUCGACUACUCCCACGAGAGCGACGUCCCGACCAUGCUGAGCCUCGCUCCCAAGUUCAAGCUCAUGGAUCAGCUCCCUCAGAUGUUCGGCCGCCUCCACUCCCGCCAGCUCAGUUUACCGGAAUGCGAGCCGCAGCCGCUCAACAUCAGCAAGAGGAACUACUUCCGGAGCAAGUCAGGGCGGUCUCUAUACGUGGCCAUCUGCAACAUGCACCAGCACAUCUCGUUGGAGCCAGAUUGGUUCGAGAGGCAGGUGAAACCCGCUCCACCGGCACCGUCUCUGAAGCAGCGUGACAGUGCCGGAGCGUCAUUGUCAUCAUCGUCGCCUCACAUGGAGAAGUUUGACUCUGGGCUGGCGCUCAACGAGGUUCUAUUUAAGUUGCCAUCAGAAAGCGAGGGUACUCUGAAGAGGAACGUGCUGCUCACGUCUCUCCCUUCCAGCCUGGCCCACUGUUCCCUGGACAGACCCGGAGGACCUGGCAACAGCCUCUCCAGCUCCAGCUUUUCUCAGGGGGAAUCUGGGGUCAUGUCGGGGGCCUCGUCUGGUUUGGGUCCUCUGGGUCUGGGGUCUCUGAGGCCUGUCGUCCCUCCCCAGGCUGGAGAUGGGUCAGCCAGUCCCCCAGAAAUGCCCCGAGACUCUGGGAUCUAUGAUUUGUCAGUGCCCUCUUCUGAGCUGUCCAUCCCCCUCAUGGAGGGCCUGUCACCUGAUCAGGCUGACUUCUCCUCCCUGGCCGACAGCGAAUCAUCUUCUUCCGGACUGGGUGAUGAGGAGCCCCCUGCUGUCAGCUCUCUGCACGGCAUAGUGCAGUCCAUCUGUAAAGCUGAGCUACACAGCCACCACCAUCUACAGCAGUCUGAAGGACUGGGACUCGUUCCUGUUCCUCCCUUGUAGUGAACUUAACAACAUUACAUUACCUGGACAUGCAUGGUCUGUUCAUAAGGAAUCAUUGGAUCCAAGCCCAGUGACCAAGCCCAUGGAUUCUAGUGAUGUCAUCUGCUUCAGAAUCUCUGUGGACUGUGGGCUGAUAAAACACGGAGGAAUGAUGACAAAGUUUUAGAACGCCGAGGGUGAUGUCACUGUUUUGUGAACCUUCUAAGUAGCGGUUGUGUGACUGUGAAGGCAAGGCAUUAUUUAACCAAAUGGUUGUAUGUUGUUUUGCAGUGCUCUCCUGUAAUUGUUAGUGGUGUAAAGAUGUUUAAUUCAGACUACACCAGAUCUGCCCUUUAAAACACCCCACCCCAUAUCAGGUCACCAGUUCAUCAAAUGGCCGACAUCAAUGUUUCUCAACCUUGGUCCUCUGGUGCAUCGAAGAGGUGACACAUUUUUGUUCUAGCCCAGCGCAGAAACACAUGCUUCAACUCCUCUACUGAUAAUCAACUCGACUUCAACGAUGUCGUUUGUUAAAUACUGGGACAAUUAUGUUUUGAAUGAAAGAGCAUUUGUUUGUAUGUUACUUUAUUUUAAUUUAUUGUCAAUUAUGAAAUAUGAAAUCACUUUUUAAAGUAUUGUACACCAAGACAAGGAUACAAGGUGCUGGAACUGGGUGUCAAAGCACUUUUUUACUUGUUAAAAAAAAUAAUAUGUAAUUCUCGCACCAAUUUGGUUAACUAAUAGAAAAGGUUUUGACAACUGUUGUGUAAGAGAGCAGAUGGGUUGGGAGUACUCACACAUUUCUAUCAUAUUUUUCAAACCAGCAGUUAUGAAAAUGUUAUAUCGCACUCACAGUAAUGGACAGGGGUUUGAUUUUAGGAGCGUUCUCAUGUUAUAAACUAAAUGCCUUUAUUUGGAACUUGGGAAAUAUACUGUUAUUCAACUCUUACAGAGCAAAAAGUAACCCCAUCUUUGUGGGUCUACUCCAGUGUACGUUCUAACAAUGUUUUUCAGUGCCAGUCAUUUUGACAACACUUUGUUUUUGGAAAUAAUCCGUUUUAUUCCAGUUUUGUAUAGUUUUUAGAUCCUUUUUUUUCCCCUAUGUUUUUAUAUAUACACUUUGUACUGUUUUAUAGUACUCUAAUGUAGGAAUAAGCAAAAAAUGAAAUUGUAAGUCUCGGACAACCAAGUCAAGGAGACGAGAUUUAGAAGGAUGGCUCGGCGAGACAAAACCAUUUUCCUGCUCAGUGUGUAACUAAACAUGUCAUUGCAAGAACACAAUCUGUAAUAUUUACACCCUUUACAUGGCAACAUGGAUGUAUAUUUGAUAUCUGUCCAAUUGAAGCAGUAUUUGAAGUGGCAAUCCAAUUGAGUGAGCAACUGAUUUCACCAGUAGCACUGUGCCAAGUGCUACUGGUAGUUAAAGUACAAUGUAACCUAUUGCAUGUUUUAGUAACUGUCAAAUGUGGUGUAAUAAUUGGUUGGGAUAGAAAUAUUCCCCCCACACACAUUUAUUUUCACCCAACCCCUACAUUUAAGUCACGUUAGUUUGCCUAUUGUAAACAUGGCUUGCAUUAGGACUGACAGUCCAUCAGCACUGCUCAAGUUCAGUAGCAAUAUGGAACGUUUAUCCAUUAUUAAUCUACAUUUUUUUUUAGAUUAUGUAGAUUACCAUCCCACGGUGAAUAGACUACUAUUCAAAAGAGAAAAUCACUGUAAAGAGGGUAUUAGAAAUCACACCAAUGACUACACUUCCUAUAGGCCUACUUGGUGCUGAGUAAUGUAGUGUGUUACACUCUACACAACUAGAACAUAAUUACAGAUCAUUUGACUGCAAACCUUGCUUACAUUUGUAUACGAUCACGUCUCUAUUAUGCGUGGGAAUACUUCAACAGAUUUCCAAAAUUAAAAUCUCUUGAAGCAGAUGUCCAACAGUGAAAAAUCUAUAAAACAAACAUGUUUUUAUUUAUUAUGUUUUGCUCAGAAAACUUGGGGGUCCAAAUAAAACUAUCGGCCACCAGUUGGGGAA